AUGCUGCUGCUUAAUCCGGCGUCCGAGGCGGCGGCGCUGGACAGCAUCCGGCAGCAGCUCCUGGAGGAGCCGGCGCGGCCGGCGUACUGCCGGAGCGCGAGCUUCGGCAGCCUGGUGGCGGACCAGUGGAGCGAGUCGCUCCCGUUCCGUCCCAACGACGCCGACGACAUGGUCGUCUACGGCGCCCUCCGCGACGCCUUCUCCUGCGGCUGGCUCCCCGACGGCUCCUUCGCGGCCGUCAAGCCCGAGCCCCUGCCCUCCCCCGACGGCUCCUACGACGGCUCCUGCCUCGGCAGCUUCCUCGCGCCGCCGGCGCCCGGGCCGGACGCGCCGUGGGCGGAGGAGGAGGCCGAGGUCGCGGCGGCGGCGUCGAGGGGGAAGCACUUCAGAGGCGUGAGGCAGCGGCCGUGGGGCAAGUUCGCGGCGGAGAUCCGGGACCCGGCCAAGAACGGCGCGCGCGUGUGGCUCGGCACCUUCGACAGCGCCGAGGACGCCGCCGUGGCCUACGACCGCGCCGCCUACCGCAUGCGCGGCUCCCGCGCGCUCCUCAACUUCCCGCUCCGCAUCGGCUCCGAGAUCGCCGCCGCCGCCGCAGCCGCGGGCCAGAAGCGUCCGUCUCCCCAGCCGGCGAGCCCCGACUCUUCAUCUCCCUCCUGCAGCGCGCCCGGGUCGUCGAAGAGGAGAAAGAGAGGCGAGGCCGCGGCAGCGUCCAUGGCCAUGGCUCUGGUGCCGCCCCCGCCGGCGCAGGCUCCGGUCCAGCUGACCCUCCCAGCCCAGCCGUGGCUGGCCGCCGGCGCCGUCCAGCAGCUGGUGAGCUGA